UCGUCCAAGAUGGCGGAGGAAGAGGAGGCGGCGGAGGCGUCGCUGCGGCUGCCGCCGCUGCGCCUGAGGCGGCCUUUCACCGGCCAGGACUCGGAGCCUCGCGGGGCGCCAGGGCGGCCGCGGGUGCCCUCUCCGGAGACGCCUGCUGAAGCUACAAGCAUAGAGAAGAAAGAGAAACCUCUUCCCAGACUUAACAUUCAUUCUGCAUUCUGGAUAUUGGCAUCAAUAGCUACUACGUACUAUGUAGAAUUUUUUAAAACUAUUAAUGAGCUUAUUCAAAAAGAAAGUGGGUGGUUUGUGCUUGGCUGUUGUUUAUUGGCUGUCAGUUUGUCUGUUGCCUUCUAUUGCAUAAUCUAUCUUGAGUGGUAUCAUGGAAUCGAGGACUAUGAUGCUUGCUACCCCGCACUGAUACCUGCCACAACUGCUAGUUUCAUUGCUGCAGCUGUUUGUUUUAACAUUUCCUUAUGGCCUAUAUGGUCUUUCCUCACGCCUCUGGUGCUCUUCAUUCAGUUCAUGGGUAUUGUGAUGCUUGUGUCACUCCUGGGCUAAAUCUUUUAUGAUGUUGAAGUCUGCAGUGCUAGGAAAUUGGAUUUACUACAACGUGUGAAAACUCUUAUUAUUAAGACUUAUAACCAUCUGAAUGUUCUACCAUUUUUCCAAGAUUUGUAAGUUUUACAAUAAGAGUGUGUGUAAACGAACAACUUCAUUUAAGUGCAUCACUUCUGAUCUACUUCUCACUGUGCAGUAGCCUAUUUUAGAGAAGUGGUGGACAUGCUGAUGUACCUACUUGGAAAUACUGGGUCCUAGGAAUGAAGACUUGCAAGCUGAACUCAAGCAACUUGUGUUUAAAAGCAAGAUUAACUUGAAUUGUUUAACUUGUUCUGUGUUUAAAAGGCAGUUUUUAUAACAUAAUCAGAAACACUUGGGAAGUUAGUGUAAAGUCAUUGAAAUGGUACUAGAACGCCAUGUUUUUGAUACUGUGCAGGCACAGAAAGUCGUAACAAUGGACUUUAAGAAGUUAAAAAUACAGUAUUUAUUUCACCCUUUAAAGUGGUUAAGCUUGUGAUCGUUGUGUGAGAGCAAUGACAAUAUUAACAUUCCAACUAAAAUUUUAAUAAAUAUAUUGAAUCUAUAAUAUAUGAAACCAUAAUAUGUGAAACUAUGGCAGUUCUAUUUUGAGUGCAAUAUCUGUAAAGAGAGAAUAGAGCCUAGUUUUUCCCUUUCCCUUGUGUACAUAACGGCACUUAACAUGCUAGGCCCCUAUAGAGAAUAAGAGUCCUGUGUGGGCUUCCCAUCUCUCUGUCCACCCCCCCUCACUUCUGCUCAGUUAAGUAACAUGAGCUUUAAAGUUCAAGUUCCUCGGCUGAGUGGAGGGAGAGGAGUCAUUAUUGGGAUAGGAAGAUGUACCUACAUCCCAUUCCAGGUAAGAGCCUGGCAACUUGCCUGUGCCUUAUGCCAAGGAAGGGGAAUCCAGGGAGGCAGGGAGACCUAUCGCAGCCGUGGACUCCGAACGCUGCCCUACGGAAUCUCUUCAGACAUUGCAUUUGUGGUAGGGGAAUAGCUUGACUCCUGUUUUGUAGUGUUCUUUAAUCCUAUAAUCCAGUUAACCUUUUAAUACAUUUCUUUUCUGGGGGCCUGUUGGUUAAAGCAACUUGGACAAGCAAACAAAAAUCCUAAAUAAAUUAAGGUUUGUGUGAUGUAACUUUGUCAUUGAAAUGAUGUUAAUUAUUUCAGUGUUAAAUUUCAUUUUGUAAUGUGGCUAAAACUAGGGAAGUUGAUUUGUCAGCUACCAGUUCAUUCUAGAAUGUGUCAUUUGAAAAAUUGCUGACACUUUUGUAAGCUGUUCCUCUAAACUAUAAAUGGAUUUGAAGUGGCUAGGAUAACUGCACUAACUUUUCUCAUACUGUGUCUUAAGCAUGAACUUCAGAGCGCAUUAUUAGUGUCCAAUAAAGAGCCAUAUCCAGGUUUAGAGGGGAACUGAAAAAUACUGUUUAGCGCAUGUUUUGUCCUCAUGAAAUUAGUAGCUGCAUUGGCCAGUCUGUUAAAGCAAUUUGACCGACCAAAUAUUAGUGAAGAAUUCUUAGAGCAGCGUGUGGAAAUCAUUACUUAAAGUAGUACAAUGGUUUUGUAAUUCUUUUCAAAUGCAAAUACUAAUCUUGAAGUUGGAUUUGAAACUCAGCUAAAACAAAAAUUGGGUAUAAAUUAGUUUAUUCCCUAAUCCUAAACAGAGUGCAUGGAAAAAUUGUACUGAUUUCAGUGGGGACUUUCAAGUUAACUUGUUUCAGACAUUGGUAUCUGUUUUCCUGAAGUUGCACCGCAUCCAGUCGAUUAAAAUCUUACGAUGAUAGUUGUUGAAGGUAAAUGAGUGGCUCAAGUACAAUUUACCGUUCAGUAUAAUAGUUCAUAAUGGUACUUAGGUUCAAGAUAACGGGCAUCAGAAAGACUGGAUACUCAUUAAGCUAAAUGUAAAACACACUCAUAACCUUUUCAGUACACAAACCAUAAAUUGUAGUACCACCCCAUAGUCUGAAAUGUUUAAUGAAAAGGUGUAAUGGUCCCUGACAUAAUAACCUGUUGCUUGUUCACACAAUUUAUUUGUUCUGAGAAGGAAAAAUGACUGAAUAUUUUUAACAAUAAGCAGUACAUCAAGUUGGAACAA